UGCGCAGAGAGGCCGCCAGCAGACGACUCCCUCCCAGCCACAUCCCGGGCGGCUUGUGAGGGAGAGUAACGUUCCUGUCUGGUCCCUCCGUAAGCCUUUAUAAACUAGUGCAUUUCUACUAAUCUACACUUCUGACUAUGUUCUCCGUCACACCUAGAUUGGCCCUGAGCCAGGCGCGUGUUGUUUUGGGCGGCAGCAUGGCAGGACUGCAGCGCGACAGGAUCGGACAGCGGCCCUUCCACGAGCAUACGGGGGACAACAUCUGCCCUAACAUGGUGCGGGGAAUUGACUACCUCAGGGAUCCCAGGCUGAACAAGGGCAUGGCGUUCACCCUGGAGGAGCGUCAGGUGCUGGGGCUCCACGGUCUCGUCCCCCCGCGCUUCAAGACCCAGGAGGAGCAAGUGGACCUCUGCCGCAAGAACGUGGAGAGAUACCAGGAGCCUCUUAACAAGUUCAUCUACCUGGCUGGCUUGCAGGACCGCAACGAGAGGCUGUUCUACCGUCUACUGAGCGAGAAUGUGGAAGAGUACAUGCCCAUCGUCUACACCCCCACCGUCGGCCUGGCAUGUCAGAAAUUCGGGGUCAUCUUCAGGCGGCCCCGCGGACUCUUCAUCUCCAUCCACGACAAGGGACACAUCUACGAGGUCAUGCGGAACUGGCCCGAGAGUGACGUCCGUGCCAUCGUGGUGACCGACGGGGAGCGUAUCCUGGGCCUGGGUGACCUGGGUGUGCAGGGCAUGGGCAUCCCCGUGGGCAAGCUCUCCCUCUACACCGCCCUGGCCGGCAUCAAGCCCCACCAAUGCCUGCCCAUCGUCCUGGAUGUCGGCACCAACAGGAAGGAGCUUCUGGAGGACGAAUUCUACAUCGGCAACAGACACGAGCGAGUGACUGGCGAAGCGUACGACAGCUUCAUCGAUGAGUUCAUGCAGGCCGUGGUUCAGCGCUACGGCCAGAACACUCUCAUCCAGUUUGAGGACUUCGGGAACCACAACGCCUUCCGCUUUUUGGAGAAGUACCGCCAGAUGUACUGCACCUUCAACGACGACAUCCAGGGCACAGCGUCGGUGGCAGUGGCCGGGCUCCUCGCCUCCCUGCGCCUCACCAACACCAAGCUGGCAGACCACAAGUUCCUCUUCCAGGGUGCAGGAGAGGCUUCUCUGGGCAUCGCAAACCUCAUAGUGAUGGCCAUGCAAGAGGAGGGACUCGGCGAGGAAGAGGCGCGCUCCAAGAUCUGGCUGGUGGACUCCCGAGGCCUCAUCGUGAAGGACCGGCCCAAGGGAGGCAUCAACGGGCACAAGCAGUCCUUCGCGCACCCCCACACGCCCAUGGAGAGCCUCGAGGACAUUGUCAGGGAGAUCAAACCCACCGCGCUUAUUGGCGCUGCGGCCAUUGGAGGAGUGUUCACCCCACAGCUGCUGAAGGACAUGGCCUCCAUCAACGAGAAGCCCGUCAUCUUCGCCCUCAGCAACCCCACCAGCCAGGCUGAAUGCACGGCCGAGGACUGCUACAAGUACACCGAGGGAAGGGCCGUGUUCGCAUCUGGCUCCCCGUUCAGCCCCGUCACCUACAACGGCAAGACCUUCCACCCCGGACAAGGGAACAACGCCUACAUCUUCCCCGGCGUGGCCCUCGGCGUCAUCUGCACCGGCAUCCACCACAUUGAGGACAGCAUCUUCCUCAUGGCGGCCAAGGCUCUCGCGGACAUGGUCACAGAGGACGAUCUCAGCAAGGGCCGCCUCUACCCUCCACUCUCCGACAUCCGCGAGUGCUCCCUGAAGAUCGCCGUCUACAUCGCCGAACACGCCUACAAAACAGGCAUAGCGUCCACCUACCCUCAGCCCAAGGAUCUCACCAAGUUCAUCGAGGACCAGCAGUACAAUUUUGAUUACGACACCCACUCAGCUAUCCCCACGACCUGGACCUGGCCCGACCUGACCAAGUUUGACCCCAAGAGUGCGUAAAUAAGAUGGAGCCUCGCGUCGCUGCCCUGUUGUGGCGGAAGGAUGAUCGGAUUGGUGGUGAAGCGAAGGAGAAGGGGGGAUGGAAGUGCGGAGGAUAACAGAAGCAAAUGCGAUAAAGAGAGAGAUGGAAGAGAAAAAUGGGAAAGUAGAAAUAAAAAGAAAAUCAUAACAAAAAAAAACAAAGAAAAUAAAUGAAGAAAAAUUAAGAAACACGGACAAGAAAAUCAGUGAGAGGAACAGCAAAAAAAACAAUAGAAAUAAUAAAAGAAAAUAAGAAAAAAAAACAAGAAAAAUAAUGAACACAAUACCACCACCACCACCACCACCAGCGUUCUACCCCAAUACCAUUCUGAUGAUGACGAUUACUACUACUACUUCUACUACUACUACUACUACUACUACUACUACUACUACUACUUAUACUGCUGAUACUCCAUACAAAACCACCAAGACCUCUCAUGUGUCUGUCCGAAGGGUCUUAUAUAUGUAUCCGAUAUGUGUCUGUGUGCUGGUAAGUCUGUCGUGUCUGUCCGAGUCAACCAAACCAGGAGGAACCGUAUGUCGGAAAAUGUAAAUAUGAGACAGAGACAGAGUGAGAGAGCUGGGAGGUGAUUAAACAGAGAGACAGAGAGAGAGAGAGAGAGAGCUGGGAGGCGUUAAACAGAGAGACAGAGAGUGAGAGAGAGCUGGGAGGCGUUAAACAGAGAGACAGAGAGUGAGAGAGAGCUGGGAGGCGAUUAAACAGAGGGACAGAGAGUGAGAGAGAGCUGGGAGGCAAUUAAACAGGAGUGUGAUUUGAGGAAGCUUGAAUACAGUAAUUAGAGGGUAUAAGAGUUACUUGACAAUAUGAAACUAUAGACGGUUGAUGUUAUGAUUGAUGUAUAUUAAUGACAGAAGAGGAGAGUUAGGAGAAAAUGCAGAGAAGUAAUUAAUGGAAAAUAACAUGUUUGGAGGUGGACUGAUAAGACUUGUAACUUGUAUAUAAAACCAUGCUUGUAAACUGUGUGUGUGUGUGUGAGAGAGAGAGAGAGAGAGAGAGAGAGAGAGAGAGAGAGGGAGAGGGAGAGGGAAAGAGAGCAAAAGAAAUUAAAAAAAAAAAAAAUGCAUGGAUGAAUUAAACACACACACACACAUACACACACACACACACACACACACACACACACACACAAACACA